AUGCGGGCGUCAAGUUGCAUUGCGCCGCUCCUCGCCUUCGCCAUCGCCGUGGCUGCAGCCUCUGCAGGAGGCAUUACGCGACCUCCACCCACACCAACAACCACACCAACAACCACACCAACAACCACACCAACAACCACACCAACAACCACACCAACAACCACACCAACAAUGACAGCGUGGAAGGCUGGAACGACGCCCUAUUUGGAGUUGAGCAACGACGGCGGCGGUACCCUGCUCGUGGCGAGCCUUGGUGGUACCCACAUCUGGAGGCCGUGCGCUUCGGCCGCCUCAAGCGCAGACAUGAAUGGACCGCGCUUGCUCGUUGGCGAUGAUGGCUUUGACAUUCUUGAUGCGCUUCACAACAUCUCUGCGGUCGCCGAAGGCUUCCGCAAGUGGACCCUGUCACACGCGCACAUGCUGUGGCAACACUCCGUUGAAGGCGGCCAAGCCAGAACCAUCAUCGAUGGCCUGAUGCACGCAGCCUCCUUGGCCAUCCACCCUGGCGAUAACAACAGCGUGAGCAAUGGCAACAACACCAGCACCUGGAGAUCGCGCUGCACGCCAAUCGCUGACCAGCCCUUGGUGAACGAGGGCUGGAUUGAAGCCGAUGCGGAGGGCAGCCUGCUCAUCGGCACACAAGGCGACGUUUACCUGCAUCUCCCUGCCUCGGGUGCACUUACCGUUGGAGAUGUGGAUUUCUUGAACGCCUUGCGUACCAUCACACGCACCCUUAACAACCUCCUUAAAGCCGUUCAAGACACCCUGCCGUCUUAUCUCACGGAGACACUGCCAGCCUCUGUGGCGGCUACUGCGCUCCCCACACUCCCUACACCACGCCGCAACCUCGACAACCGCACUCCUGCACCUGCUGGAGUCUCCGUGGAUGCUGAUGGCCACGUGCAUAUUUCCAGCAACACAGCUGCUGGCGCAGGAGCCGGUGGCAUUUCCUUUCAGCACCUGUCCGAGGAUGACGGCUCCGCAUCAUCAUCACCAGCCGCGCUCCACUUGCUGGUUGGCGGCGUGGAUGUCGGCGGCUUGUUGGCCAACACGUCCGAGCUCGUGGCAUCCUUCGCACCACACCUCCUGUCCAUCACGUCAACCGCCAAUCGCACGUUGGACUGCGAAUCCCCGGCGUCAAAGGACCAAGCCAUGGCAGAGGAGUGGACGGAGGCUGGAAGUGUCGUCCACUGCUGCUGCGAGCAGUUUCGCCACCUGCGCCGUGUGCUUGGCAGCGUUGCCCUCGCCGAAACCACGGUGGACCUGGCGUUUGGCGACGUGACCGCCGUGUGGGGGCACGUGCAAGGAAAUGGAAGGGCGCUGAGCAGCGUGGACUUCGGCAGCCUGCGAGCGGUGUACGGAGACAUCCGCUUGUCCGGCACCAGUGUUGCCAAUCUUGACCUCGGCGGGCUCGUGUUUGUCGGUGGCGAGUUGCAGCUCGGGUACAACUACUACCUCACCUCCGUUUCCCUCGGGUCCCUGGCACACGUUGGCGGUCGCGUGUACAUCAGCGCUGGCACCCCUUCCCUAUCUGCGUUUGACCUUGGCAACCUCACGCGCGUGGACGGCAGCUUCUACAUCGGCUUGCACACCCCACUCCCAACGCACACUCUCACAUAUGUCGGUGGCACACUCAGCAUAUUCCAGAAUAGAGACCUCACACAGCUCAGCCUGAGUUCCUUGGAGUACAUUGGAGGUGAUCUCGACCUGGAAAGCCUGGAGGAACUAUCGCAGGUGGACCUGGGCGCACAGCUUACCGCCAUCAAUGGCCGCCUUCGCGUACAGUACUGCGACAGCUUGCUGAGUCUGAACCUGGGCGCCCUCGCCACGAUCGGUGGUAGCUUGUCCCUCACAGACAAUGGCUUGCUGUCGUCUGUUGAUCUCGGUGUGCUCACAAGCGUUGGUGGCGACAUUGACCUGCGCAGAUCCGCCGUCAACGGCAUCUCCCUCGCACCCCUCCACAGCCUUGGCGGGCUCCUCUGGAUUGAGUACAGCCUCUUCUCCAAGGUCGACCUGGACAAGCUGGAGGCAACCGGUGGUGGGAUCGGGUUGUGCUGCGAUGCCACGCUGCAGUCUUUCGACAUUGCAUCGCAGGCCUCCCGCCUCCGCCAUGGUCUGGGCCUCAGCAGGUUUCCUCAGCUCACAUCAUUGGACUUUGGCUCUUUGACCACAGUGCUGGGGCCCGUUGCUGUCACGUUCAACGAACGCCUGACAGCUGUUGACAUGUCCGGCGUCCAGUCCAUCGGGGGCACUCUCGAGAUUCACAACAACGAAGCACUCACCAACAUCUCCGUCCAAGGCCUGCAAACCGUGGCUGGCGACAUAACAAUCGGCAGAAACGGCCAGGGCCAGCUCACUUCCCUCUCCUUCCCCAACUUGCAGCGACACAACUACAGCCUGACUUUUCAGAGCAAUGGCCUCCAGCAUAUCGACUUUGCAGUGCUCACCUGGAUAGGCGGGCACCUGGAUCUCUACAGCAAUUCGCUCGCUUCCUUUCACUUCCGCAACAUCAGUUACAUUGGCGAUUUUCUCUGGCUGCGACAAAACAAACUCACAACCCUAGACUUUGGCGCCCUCACAGAAGUCGGUGGAUACCUUGACAUGGGUGAGAACGAACUGACCACGCUCGCAUUCUCAAACCUUCAGCGAGUCGGAACAUUCCUCUCCUGCCGCGAAAACAUGCUGCAGCACGUUUCGUUCGAUGCCCUGCAGUUUGUCGGCAACAGCAUCAGUUUCCAAAAUAACCCUGAUCUGCUGCAAAUCGCCUGCAAUGACACUGUCAUUGCUCAGUGCAUUGACGUCCCAGCGACCACAGCUCUCAUUGACUGCCCCAAGAGCUGCUAG